AAAAGCCACGUAUGUCACGAUGAAUCCCUCAGAAGAGUGACGAGCCGUAAAAAAAGACGGUGGUCAUUGCCAUCCUUUUCACACGGUGGGCCACGGUACACCCUGGUCGAGAAAAUGCGAUCCAUUCUGACAAUAUUAUGUGGCCUCUUUGUUAUCUCUGUGCUUGGAGACCCAAUUAGAACAAAGAGAGAGCCUCCCAUAAGCUCGCAGUAUGGCGCACCACCAUCGACGUCCUACGGUGCACCGAACGUAGGACCUUCCGAUUCUUAUGGUCCACCACCUUCCAACUCCUACGGUGCACCUCUUCCUGAUUCAUAUGGUGCACCUCCACCAGCGCCGUCAUCGUCUUACGGUGCGCCUUCGUCAUCUUAUGGUGCACCGUCUGGACCCUCGUCGUCUUAUGGCGCGCCACCUUCGUCAUCUUACGGAGCACCAUCCGGAGGCGGCGGCGAUCACGGAUCCUUCGGCGGCGGCGGCGGCGGCGGGGGAGGAUUUGAUUUCGGUGGCGGUGAUCACGGCGGAGGAUCCUUCGGCGGCGGUCAUGGUGGAGGAGGAUCCUUUGGCGGUGGUCACGGCGGAGGAUCUUUCGGUGACGAUCACGGAGGUUUCGGCGGCGGCGGCGGCGGCGGCGGCGGCGGCGGCGGUUACGGCGGAGGCGGAGGUCACGGCGGCGGUUUCGGCGGUGGUGGCGGCCACGGCGGCGGUUUCGGCGGUGGUGACGGCGGUUACGGCGGUGGUGGCGGCCACGGUGGCGGUGGCGGCCACGGCGGCGGUUUCGGCGGUGGUGACGGCGGUUACGGUGGUGGUGGCGGCCACGGUGGCGGUGGCGGCCACGGCGGCGGUUUCGGCAGUGGUGACGGCGGUUACGGCGGUGGUGGCGGCCACGGCGGCGGUUUUGGCGGUGGUGACGACAGUUACGGCGGUGGUGGCGGUCACGGAGGUGGUGACAGCGGUUAUGGUGGGGGUGGCGGUCACGGAGGUGGUGGCGGUGGCGAUUUCGGUGGUUCGAUUUCCGACUCCUAUGGCCCGCCGUCAUCACCCUCCGGAUCCUAUGGACCUCCGGCGCAUGAUCACGGCCCGAAAGGGGUGUGGAAGAAGAAGUUGGUAUGGAAGCCCGAAUGGAAGCAAAUCUGGAAAACAGAAUCGAAAAUGACAUGGAAGCAGGUGUGGAAGAAGGUACAGGUACCGGUUUGGAAGGAGACGCAAGUACCCGCGUGGAAGGAGGUCAAGGUACCCGCCUGGAAAAAAGUUCAGAAGCCCGUUUGGAAGCAGAUCCAAGUGCCGGCUUGGAAGGAGGUUCAGGUGCCAGCUUGGAAGAAGGUAACAAAACCCGUUUGGAAGGAAGUUCAAGUUCCUGUGUGGAAGGAAGUCCAGGUGCCCGAGUGGAAGAAGAUGUUUGUACCGGAGUGGGUUAAAGUCGGCAUACCAGGAGAGCACAACGUAGGCAAGGACCAUAACGGUUGGCAGUACACUAGCCACGAUCUCUGGAAGAAGAAGCUGAUUUGGAAGCCGGUCUGGAAGAAGGUCUGGAGAACGGAAAAGAAACAGAUUUGGGUAAGCGAUAAGAAAUUAGAAUGGAAAGAGGAAUGGAAACAAAUCUGGAAGUCGGAGAAGAAGCAAAUUUGGGUACAGGACAAAAAGUUAGUUUGGCAGGAAGAAUCUGUGCAAGUAUGGGUGCCUCAAAAGAAACAAAUCUGGGUCACGCAGAAGAAACAGGUGUGGAAAGACGAAUGGAAGAGUAAGUGGGUUCCGGUUUGGAAGGACGUGCAAGUACCGGCUUGGAAAAAGAUCUGGAAGCCCGUCUGGGAGAAAGUUUGGGUUCCCAUCGAGUCUCAUCACGACGACGAUCAUCACGGUUACAAGUAGAUCGUCAUUGAAAAUUAUAUUCAGCCGGCUCGAUCUUUCUUCUGCGUCUAUCUCGUGACAUUGCGAGGGUUGAGAGGUCAACUCUGAAAAUUGUUAGAGAAUUGCGUCGGAAGUCGGUCGAGUCUUAUAACGUCUUGUGAUAAUGGAUUGUUCGGCUGUAGAUAUAGGUAUGUCUCAAGAGGAGAAAAGGGAAGGCCGACUAGUAGACGCGGACCGCACGAAGAAGAGGAAAGCCUGCAACUAACAGUUAGAAAGCAUCACGACUAUGAGAUAUGUACGAAAGUGGAUGAUGAAAAUUUUCAAUUGAUCAUCUCAAUGACAGUGCGACUGGGUUGCGAAACCGCUCGGUUCUUCGUAAAAUGUUAUAGAGGAACCGAAGUAAUCUGACGAAUGUGAAGAUAUCCCUCAAAAGAGCGAGAUGCCUACUAAUAACUGAUCUAUAAAUGAAUAAACUUGUAACGACACACAUCUUCCUAGAGAGAGAUUAACGAUUUACUUACCUGAGCUUCGAGAUAGAUCAUCACUAAGAAAAAUUGCGUUUGACAAUUUUUUGUUGGAAAAUAAUAAUAAUCGUAAUCCACUUGUCAUUAGAGAAAACAUGUAAAAUUGUUAAACAUGUUUACAUCAACGUAACAAAUGACUUUAUUUUAGUAGAUCAAUUUGGAUUAAAUCUUAGAAUGAAAAUUACAUAAAAGUAAUACUUCUUUGUUUAGUUUUUUUUUCAUCACAGUGUGAAUAAUCCAUAGCCUCGGAAUGGCCACGUGCGUAUUAAUAUCAUGUGUAAUUAAUACCUUACUCUGUAAAUAUCGUUUGAUUAUUGGGAUGCGUGCAUGUUAAUAUUUUUUAUACGUUAAUAAAUAUUAUUUUAUACUA